GGGGAAAAUUCAAUCAUGGCCUCUCGUGUGGAGGAGGGUAGCUCCCAAUCAGAGCUGGACAUUGCCUUCCGGUUUCUGGUGGACAACAUCGGACUGAACUGGAGAACUCUCGCUCCAGAACUGGGCCUCACACCAGGCCAGAUUGGCUGGGUGACGAGACAGUGUGGAGGGAAUGUGAUGAAGGAAGUGUUCCAGUGCCUCUGCACCUGGAAGGAGACCUUUGCAGAAAAGGCUACAGUCCAGGAGCUGGUCAGGGCACUGCAUAAAACCAAAGUUAGGCUGCUGUCUCGGAUGGCAGAUGAAAUUGUAAAGAAAUGUCCCAGUGCAAGAAAUCAAAUGCUCUCCACAUUGCCAAAACCAGGCAGGAAGCGGAAAGAUGUCAAUUUGUUGUCAGUGUCGCUACCCACCAAGAGACAAAGGUGGGGGACAGUUCAGAGUUCAAAGGGUACCACCAAUGGGUCAAAGGUUACCUCUCCCCAAAAUGUCAAAGUUCAUCCGAAGCAAACGGCAUCACAGGUGAUUGUGAGAAAGAAUGGCGGAGAAGGUAGCAAAACGUUGCAUGUCAAAGGCAAUACUCUGAAAAACAGUGCUCAGAGUUCUCUUACAGUAAGAGUUGUCAGGUCAGAAGGCAAAGGUCAUGACCUUAAAUCUAAGGGUCAAAGUUCAGUCUCAACAGGCAACAGUAGACAGUCUAAUAGUUCUGCAAGCUCAGCAACAUCUUCAAGGACUGAGAGUAAACUUCAAAGUAGUUCUUCUCUACCAAAGAAAGUGAUGAUACAAAAGGGUUCUGACGUUAGAAUUGUAGCAGAAAUCAGGCCCAAACAGACAACAUCAAACAAAGACCUCAGACCUAGGAGAGAAUGUACUGUGGUGAAAAAGGAGGAUACACAGAAACCUGAGACAAGCAAGGUGUCAGAAGCCAAAGAUGAAAGUUCAGCAAAGAAGGACAAAGUUGAGGACGACAGUGAUCAUGAUGAUGUUGUAGCAGAGAUCAUGAUUCUGGAUGAGAAGACUGGACGACUGGUACUGGGGAAGAAAAAGCCAGGACAGCAGGGUGUCUCCUCAAGCCAGGGUUCUGCUGCUGUGGAACAGGACUCUGUACAGGAGAAUACAGACUUCUAUAUGAGGGAAGUGGUGAACGAGAUCAAGAAGACAUACAGGAAGUUGUUCUGUGUUCCGGAAGUGUUCCUGUUUGGGUCUCUGGUGAGGCUAAAUGUAGCACAUGUCUACACACAACUACAGAUGGUGGACAGGGACACACAGACCCCAGUAGAAGACAUUGGUAGUAUCAUCACCCCCCAGGCUCAGACAGUCCGUGCCGGGACUGUCAUGCUGGUCACUCCCCGUAGGAUCCUCAUCGAGGGGGAACAGGGCAUCGGCAAGUCCACAUUCUGUCACAAGAUCAGCUACAACUGGGGCUGCACCCUGUUUAACGUGUAUGUGCAGUUCAGCCUGGUUUUUAAGAUAGACCUGAGCUCUGUCAGGGCCGACAUCGUCUCUACUGUCUGUCAUCAGCUGCUCGAGGUCGACACCAAGAUGAAGCGGUCGGACAUGAGAGCAUUCAUCGAGAAACGCCAGCAUGAGACCCUGUUCAUCCUGGAUGGGCUGGACCAGCUGCCUGCACACGCCCACCCAGAGUACCUGGCACUUAUGAAGAAAGAGAUCCUGCCCAAAGCCUGUGUGAUUGUGACCACCCGUCCUCUGGAGCAGCUGCCGUGUGAGUUUGACUCCUACUACAUCAUGAAGGGCUUUACUCCAGAGAAGAGGAAGGAGUACGUACGCAGGCAUCUGGGACGACUUUCCUUAAAGGUGAUUGAGGAACUGCACUCGGUGUGGCAGCUGGAUGAGAUCAUAAGGAACCCUCUGAACGCCGUUCUGCUGUGCCGUCUGUACGAGAUAAACCAGGGCUUACCGGACACAUUCACCGCCAUGUUCACCAAACUGGUCAUGGGGGUAGUGGGAUGGAACUGCCACAGGAAGGGGAUAGAGAUGAAGGGAGAGGAGAUCCCGAGUGCUGUACACCAGAUCAUCGCUAGUCUGGGCCACAUCGCCUGGGAGGGGCUGCGCAACGGGCUCAUGUCAUUCGACGUGUCAGAACUCAGGAGGUGCUACCCAAUAACCAACGAGAUCCUGAAGUUUGGGUUCCUGAUGUUCGUGAUGCCUGAGGAGCCGUGUGGACAGAGCCUGCGCUGUACGUUCUCCCACCGAGUGUUUCAGGAGAUCUUCUCGGCCUGUUACAUCAGCACCAUGGCCAGGCUCACACCAGACUCUGAGCUGACUGCCGCGUACCUACGGCUCUGUACACAGGAGGGGUUUCAACAGGUGUGUGUGUUUGUGUCUGGUCUUCUGAAGGACAAGUCAGAGAUCCUAUUCCAGCAGCUCGCAGCCCAGAUCAAGUUCUGCUCGGAGCUAAACCGUCCCGUCGGCGCGCCCGGGACCAUGAACCCGCUGGACGACACGCUGCACCUGGCACUGCUCUGUCUGCACGAGACCGGCGAGGUCGACCGCUUUGCGCCGCUCGUUGCAUCGCACUUCGCCAAACGCCUCUUCAUCUCGGAUUGGUCGUCGAAGAGCUGCCUACAGAGUAUUGUGUCCAUUCUACAGUAUCAGGACGCACAGCAACCAGAUGAGGUACAAGAAACGACAGCUGAAGUAACAGAAACAACAACAGAAACAGCAGCAAAUGGUACUGCAGACAGCACAGCAAUCCAACCAGCUGAGGAGAAGAAAGAAGCUCCAGAAAGUAAAAUAGGUGAAGAACAAAAGCCAGACAAUGUUGAGAAGAUGGACACAAGUGUACCAGAUCCAAAGUGUGAAACACCUGAUGUGGAAGGGAACAAAGGGGCACAGGAUUUGGACUCAAAAUCUGAAGAAGGUAGCAGCCCUUUGAAGAGUAAGGCUGUUGUCACAGAAAACACUGACCAAGCCACAGGCACACAGAGAAAUGGGACAGCUGAGUCAAGGAGCAAAGAAGGAGACGAAGAAGAAAUGGAAGUCGAAAUAUCAAAGGACCAAAAUAAAAGCAAGGAAGAAGUUGAAAGUGAAAAAAAGGAUGAAGAUUGUGCUACUAUUGAGAAGGAUGAAGAUGAAAAUCAUGAAGCAGAAAAAGAUGACAGAAAUGAAAAAAAUACAAUGAAGAAGAAGGAUAAACAAUCCCCACUGAAGCAGACCCAGGAUUCCAGAACGCUAAGAAGAGGAAGGUCCAGAACAUCCUCCACUCUACCAGAUGAGAAAGAAGAAAAAGAAGACAGUGAUAAAGAAACUGAAGAGGAACAGGACAAGGAAGCUGAUAGGAAAACGUCUAAGAAAAAUGCAGACGCAUUAAAAGGAAGUAAAAGACUGAAGGAUACAACAGAGUCAUCUGAAGAAGAACAAGAGGAAGAACAAAAGGGAGGCAGAAACACAAGGAGCAGGACAAGACAGGAGAGUAGCAAGGACAGGAAAGUUUCAAGCAGGGGCAAAGACAACAGUGAAGGUGAUGAAGAAGAUCAGUCCCCCAGUGGAAGAGGAAAGAUUCCAGAGUCUCCCAGACGAUCGUCUAGAAGAAAAGAGAGCCAGCCUGAGGUAUGUACUGAUCCUGUUGGGAGUAGAACAAGGUCAACUGGUGAGGGGAAGAAGGGAGGAAAGGUAAUUUCCCUGGCAGAUGAUGGUGAUGAUAAAAACGAGAGCUAUGUCGAUCCCAUCGGAAGUAGAACUCGGAGAAGAACUCGGUCCGAUGCCCUGCAGAGUCAGGUUGGUGGCGGCUCGGGUCCCAAGACUGCCACACGCACAAGUCCACGCGCCAAGGCUGCCAGGCGGGACAGAAGCAGUGGGAGUGAGCAGGAAUUCGUGGAUCCGGUUGGUCUGAGGACACGAACCCGUGCUAGAGGGGGUAACGUCCAGUCACCUAGCAAAGAAAGAAAGCCAUCUGCUAAAGAAAACUCCUCUGAAGUAGAUGUACAGGACAAAGAAGAGAAAAUGUCAGAAGAGGAGUCACAAGAGGGUGAAGGGGAGUUCAUCGACCCUAUAGGGUUAAGGGUCAGAGGUCGUAGGGCAAAGAGCAUUGCACGAGAACAGCUCCGGGUCAUUGCAGACGACAAGUUUGAGCUACGUCGGCAGGAAGCCACCCGCGUGUCUCCGAGGUCAAGGGCAAGAGAGAUGUCCUCUCCAACAAGAAGUCCAGGGAGGGGGAGGCCCAGGAAAGGUUCGGAAGGAGAGGGCAAGGAAGAGAAAUCAAGACCAGGGAGAAGACAAAGCCCCAAGGGAGAAGACAGACAGAAGGGGCCGAAGAUUAAAUGGGGUAAAGGGGUGCAAGGGAAGAGCAAGUCUCCUCCUAAACCUAAGAAGGAUGAGGAGGAAAAGGAGGACGACAAGACAGAAGAAACUGAAGAUGUGAGGGAGAAGGAUGCUGAGGAAACAAGUAAGGAGGACAUUAAUGGUGAUGACAAAACCCAAAAGGAUGGGGAACAGCAAGAAAAAGAGGAGACUGGUCCAGAGGAAGAGGAGGAAGAAGAGGUUCUUGAAGAAGAGCCAGAGGAAAACCAGGCUGGGCUGAACUCCUUAGAAAUCAGCAUCUUUGCCAGCAACUUGCAGAUCGUCUUCAGGGCCUUAAGGAACAACCGCAUCAUCAGGACUCUCACUUUUACUGACAGAUUUCUUCCAGCCACACGGAACAUCUGUCACCUGGACUGGUUUGACUCGCUGGGGGAGUUGUUCCUCCACAACACCAGCCUCCGUACCCUCAUCAUCGACUCCGCCAACUACCGCGUCACCCGGGGAGCUUUCACCAACGUGGUCACCGCCGCAGUCACCAGCAAGAGUCUGCAGACUAUACAGCUCAAGUUUGAACUGCACCAGAAGGCUGAGAAGACCAGCGGUUACAUCCGUCUGGGCAUCCCGCUGGAGAAACUCACCGAGUCGCCGUCUCUUCAGACGGUUUCCGUUGAGCUGACAAGCAAAAUGACGUCUCACGAGGAAGCCGCGAACGACGUGACUCGCACGGUCGUCAAGCUGCUCAAGAAACCCUCUAACCUUAAGAAGGUUUCCUUCACUGUUAAAGAGAAGGACAGCUACUUUUUACAAGUGUUACCAGUGCUGCGAGCCAUGCAGGUGAACAGCACCAUCAGUGACUUCUCCAUCGACAUGGGAGCCCAGCCCAGUACCAGGUACACUCUCGCUGCCAUCAAGGAGGUCCUCACCUUCAACACUGGGCUCACUUCACUCAGUGUGAAGUUCCACACCCCUGCCCCCGUGAACUCAGAUGACCUGACAGAGGUGUUCACAGCUGUGGAGAACAGUGACCUGCGAGCCUUUAUGCUGGACAUGGGCUGCGGCUGGUCAACUGACCCACUGGACCCUCCGGUACUGGCACUGGCUGAUCUGCUGGCUAAUAACAACACCCUCAGGUAA